AUGGUCGCAAGGCGCUAUGCCAAAAAUGGAAAAAAGCUCGAUGCCUCGUCCGAUCCAAACUGCCGGGAAUUUUUCUUCUACACUCUCACCCGAUUUCCUGAUGUCACCACCGCCAAUUCUACGAUGAUAAGGUCGCGGGCUGUAAACAGUAUACGCCCGCUUGCGUCGCGCCGGGCAUGGACAUGCCCAGCAUGUCUCUCGAGGCGGCAAUUCUCGAGCAAGCAGUCGGCAAAUACCCCCAAACAAGAACCUCCUGAUCAUCGAAAGCUCGCAACGCAGCAGGAACUCUUCAUCAGUUCGAUUUACAGUCCUGGCUCGCCAAUGUUUCUCCCCCGCGGUGCCCGAAUCUUCAACAAACUUGUCGACUUCCUGCGCAAACAAUACAUCCGCUACGGGUUCGAAGAAGUCAUAACGCCAACGAUUUAUAAAAAGUCGCUAUGGGCAAAAUCUGGUCAUUUGGCGAACUAUAGUGAUGACAUGUACUCAGUUACGGGGAAUCCCAAGUCUGUGGCUACUGAUGAGCAUGGCUGCUGCCCUAGUGAGGAGAAGGACCCCAAUCACGAGGAGGAGGAUGGAGAAUAUGGUUUGAAGCCUAUGAAUUGCCCCGGACAUUGCGUCGUCUUUGCAUCCAAAGCCCGCAGCUAUCGAGAUCUGCCGAUCCGAUAUGCUGAUUUUAGUCCAUUGCAUAGAAAUGAGAUAUCAGGCGCCUUGAGCGGUCUGACAAGAGUGCGGCGUUUCCAUCAGGACGAUGGCCACAUUUUCUGUCGCCCAAGCCAGGUGGAGGAAGAGAUUAAGCGCACCUUGGAGUUUGUCAAGGUUGUUUACACUGUUUUGCGGUUGGGCGUUAGCUACCGGCUCGCAUUAUCAACCAGGCCAAAGGACCAUUUUAUUGGCACGGACGAGGAAUGGCAGCGUGCGGAGGACGCGUUGAGGAGAGCCCUGGACACAUCCGGAAUGGAGUGGAGUGUGAACGAGGGUGACGGCGCCUUUUAUGGUCCCAAAAUUGACAUCAUCUUAAAGGAUUCAGACGGGAAAGAGCAUCAAACCGCCACAGUUCAGCUCGACUUCCAACUUCCUAAGCGUUUCGAGCUGGAGUACCAAGCGCCGGCUCCAGAGUACGAGGCCCGAGGAGAGACGACUGAUGAUCCGGCUCUGCUCGCCGAUUAUGGCCCAGUACGUCCUGUUAUGAUCCACCGCGCGGUGCUGGGGUCCGUGGAGCGUCUUAUGGCACUCCUUAUUGAAAACUACAACGGCAAAUGGCCGUUUUGGCUCAACCCACGCCAGGCCAUCAUCUUGACGGUGAACACCUCAGCCCCUGUCAUCGAAUGGGCAGAACAGGCGCGAAAUGUAAUCAUUGGAAACGACAGCCAGGCGUACGAGGAUAUCCUCGCGGGGAGGCUGCCUUCCCCUGACCACCCGCUCCGGCCAACAGGCCUGGGUGUUGAUGUAGAUGUCAGCGCGAGAUCUUUGGGUUUGAAGAUCCGAGAAGCACGUAACAGUGGCUACGGUCACAUAUUGGUGGUAGGCGACGAAGAUGUAAAACACAAGCAGGUCAGCCUCGGUAAAGAGAGGAUGUCGCCUGCUGAAAUGCGUGACAAAAUGUUGAACAUGGUAGACACUUUCCAAUAA